UCCAGGGGGGAGGCGAGAGGGUGGAGGAAGGGCCCCCGCAGCAGCUUUCCAGCGGCAGGAGCGGGUCCGGUGCCAUGGAAAACAACGGGGAGGAAAAAAAAAAGGCCAAAGCCCGAGGGACGGGGAGGGGAGGAGAAGCCCGACCAGGGCUGAGGGAACCACAGAUCCCAUUUUCCUAAACCCUUUUCCCCCUCCUUUCCAUCCCCCCCCCCCUCCUACCGCAGGCAAUUCCAGAGGAGCGGCUGCCGUCGGGGCUCCGAUCCCCCCGAAGCUGCCGCAGGAAGGAUGAGGCCCCUGCUCUGCUGCCUGGGGCUGACAAUGCUCCUUGGGUCCUGCCUGGCUUGUCCCACAGCCUGCUCCUGCUCCCUCAAGAAGAACGGGAGGCUGUUGGCUGAGUGUGCCUAUAAGGAUCUCCAGGAGGUGCCCCAGGGGCUGUCCUCUAACGUCACCAUCCUCACUUUGUCAGCCAACAGGAUCAGUCGGCUGGGGCAAGGCUCCUUCGCCGAGGUUCCCGAGGUGCAGUCGCUGUGGUUGGGCUACAACCAGAUCGGGCUGGUGGAACCUGGAGCUUUCGCCUCCUUGGUGCACCUGAAGAACCUGGACCUGAGCCACAACAAGAUCUCAGCCUUCCCUUGGCAGGACCUCCGGAACCUCAGCGGGCUGCAGAUCCUGAAGCUGAACAACAACCGCCUGGGGGGGCUGCCCCGGGAUGCUUUCCCUUCCCUGAAGGACUUACGCUCCCUCUGGCUCAACGACAACGAGCUGACCACUCUGGCCGAGGGCACCUUCGACAGCCUGCCCUCCCUCUCCCAGCUGCAGCUCUUCAACAACCCUUUCAACUGCUCCUGCAAAGUCUUCUGGCUGAAGAAGUGGACCGAGAACACCUCCGUCUCCAUCACCAAGGGAGGCUCCACCUUGUGCGCGGCUCCCGGCAGGCUGAAAGGCAGGGCUGUGACGGACAUCCCCGACCAUCACUGCGUGGCACCUUCGGCUCAGCUCACCUACCUCUCCAACCCGGGCAACGCCGUCCCUUACGACGGCUUGACGCUGAGCUUGCACUGCAGCGUGGCCGGCAGCCCUCCGCCGGAGAUCAGGUGGAAGAUUCACACCUCCGCCUCCCGCCGCCGCCUGGAGAUCAGCGGCCCCAACGUGGCCAGGGAUGGCAACGGCAAGCAGAGCCCGGAGCGUUUCUUGGUCUUCAAGAACGGCACCAUGGCCAUCCCCAAGUUCAGCAAGGAGGAUGAGGGCAUCUACACCUGCUUGGCCGUCAACGAUGUGGGCAGCCGAGAAGUCUCGGUCAACGUAGCUUUGGCAGGCUCGGAGAACCCGGCUGAAGAUUGGCUGAGGGAUGAACCCCAGGCCAGCCACCUCGGGGGGGGGAGCUGUUCCAAAGGGGAUGAAAUGGAUCCCUCUGGCGCCGGGGAGAAGCUGGUGAUCGUUUAUCACAUGCCCAAGGGUUCCAAGAGCAGGGCUGGGGGAGCGGUGCCCCAGCUGCGCCUGGGGACCCUGCUGUUGGCUCUGGGCGUUGCAGUCUGCUGGUAAAGGAGGGGGGGGGGCCCCCCAACACACUGCCACCUUCUUUCUGUAGCGUUUAUCUUCAAGUAGUGCCAUGCCUUUGCUGAGCUUCUGGGAGCUGUGGGCAGUGGAAGGGGCCCAGGGGCUGGGGGUUCAAGCCCCUCGCUUAGAUGAGGGUCAGGGCUGGGCUCGCCAGCGGAGAGCUUCCAAGCGGCUCAGAGCAGAGCCUCCAGGUGGCCACAGCUGCCACCUCCUGGCUUCUCUCCUUUCUGAGACCGAAGUGCAGCUGCAGGGUUCAAGUCCACCCUCGACGGGGUGACCUCACCUAUCCCCAGAGCCCACCUCCGUGAGCCCUCCUCUCCCCGAGGCAGCCGGCAGGGAGCUCUCUCAGAGAGGAUCCUGCCCAUCCAAAGGCACCAGAGAUGACAGUCCCAGCGCCCAGCCCCUUGGCCAGGGGCAUCCUUCCUGCCACCAACCUCACUUGAAGCACCAGCAGCAGUAGGACCAGCUAGAGUGUGAGAAGAGCCCACGGGUCCCAGGGCAGGUGGCUCUGGGGGUGGGGGGCAGAGAUCAGGUGGUGCUCUGCAAGUAGGAGGAGUGCAGUAGGAGAUGUUGGAUGGAGGCACAGGCUUGGGUGAGGCCAUUUUUGUGGGGCAGAAGGAGGCUUUCCACAGGCUUCAUCCCUGCAGGAGCACAAAGGGCUCCUGCUGGCCUGGGUGCUAGGAGCAGGGAGGGUACCUGCACCCUCCCUGCAUGUUGCAAGGUCAGGCCCCACCACCCUCAGUGCCUCUUCCAGAUGGCAUUCAGCUGAUUCCCCUUCCCCUUCCCUUCCCUUCCCUUCCCUUCCCUUCCCUUCCCUUCCCUUCCCUUCCCCUUCCCCUUCCCCUUCCCCUUCCCCUUCCCCUUCCCCUUCCCCUUCCCCUUCCCCUUCCCCUUUCCCUUUCCCUUUCCCUUUCCCUUUCCCUUCCACUUUCCCCUUCUCCACCCCUUUCCCUUCCCCUCACCCCUCUCUUUCUCUUUUCCCUUCCCCCUUCUCUUCCCCUUUCCCUUUCCCUUGCCUCCCUUUCCCUUUUCCCUUUCCUUCCCCCUUUCCCUUUCCAUUUUCCAACCCCCUUUCCCCUUCCCUUUUCCCUUCCCAUUCCCCUUUCCCUUUGCUUCCUCUUUUCCCUUCCCUUUCCCCUUCCUCUUUCCCUUUACCCCUCCCUUCCCCUUUUCCCUUUCCCUUCCCUUCAUAUUUUCCCUUUCCCAUUUCCCUUCCCCUUCCCCUUUCCCUUCCCUUCAUAUUUUCCCUUUCCCAUUUCCCUUCCCCUUCCCCUUUCUCUUCCCUUCAUAUUUUCCCUUUCCCCUUUCCCUUUUCCUCCUUCCCUUUCCCCUUUCCCUUUUCCCCCUUCCCUUUCUCCUUUCCCUUUCCCCCCUUCCCUUUCCCUUUCUCAUUUCCCAUCCCUUUCCCUCCUUCCCUUCCCCUUUUCCCUUCCCCAUUCCCUGAAGCCUGCAGUCCAAAGCACUCUGCUGGGCUGGUCCCACUGAGCUGCCCUGCUCCAGGCUGGACCCCAGCAGGGAGGGACUGAACCCAAAAGGAUUUCUCUGCUGGGAAAGCCAGUGGAGGCUGUGGGAUGGAGCAGGGGAAGGAAGGGCUGGGGAAACCCAGCAGCCAGGCAGGAGCUGAGCUGACUCACAAGCCUUAGACAUGCUCCUUAAACGCUUCAGCAUCCCCACGCAGGACACUUGACUGCCCCAGGCUGCUGGGGGACCCCUUGGCUCACGGUGGAGGCAUUGAGCAUCUUCACCUCCCCCACCCCCAGCAGUCUGGGGCUGGUUCCUUCUCUCAGUGCUUGCCUGCAGGAUCCAUCGGGAUCUAUCCCUCCCCUCACCCCCGGCCCUGCAGCUACCCUCUCCUCGUCGCCAGUGCUGCACCCACGGCAAUAAAGAGCUUUUGUUGGGUUUCUAAA